AUGGUGGCGGCUGACAUAGAGCCGGCUCACAUUGCUACUGUGCCCGACACGGCAGCCCACAAGCUUGAAUCAGACAGCACGAGCGCAUCGUACUCCGACAAAUGCCUCGGCUGCCACAUUCACGCACCGGGCGCGGCUGCAGUCGGCGAGCUUCUUUUGCACGGUCGGUCCAAGCUGCGCGUGCUUUCGCUCGAGUGGAAUGGCAUUGGCACAGACGACGCAGGCCCGCGCUCGCUCGCUGUCGCACUGCAAGCCGCCCAUUCCGCAUUGACGAGCCUGGACCUCCGCAACAAUCGAAUUGGUCCUCGGGGCGUGAAGCACCUGGCCGAGGCUCUGGUGCACAACGUGACACUUGUGAGCCUUGACCUUCGUUGGAAUAGCGCUGCAAAGGAAGGGGGUGAGGCACUCGAGUCAGCGCUCCGAGCCAAUCGGAAGAUCAUGCACCUGCCACUCGAGGGCAAUCGCGUGCCAGGAGGCGUGCUCCAGCGUAUUACAACGUUGCUCGGCCGCAAUGGUGCCGACGCAACUGAAACGACGAAUUAUCUAACACUGACGGGCUGCAGCGAUCAGGCUCUUGGUGCAGAUCCCGUGGCUGGUGGCCGCAGGCUUGCCGUGCGAACGAGGGCUCUCGAAGGCGCAUUGACAUUACAGCAAAGCGAGUUCACCAACAAGCUGUCCCACGUUCAGGGCCGCAUCGAGGAUGCCGAAGCGCGCGCAAACGAGGAGGCGGCGCGAGCAGAAGGCCUCGUUGCGCAGCUCGAGGCUGCGAAGACAUCGGUCGCCAAGCACGACGCUGAGGCGGCCUCUGCUGCACGUGCGCUCGAGGAGGAGAAGCGUGCUGCGGCGGCGGAGGUGGAGGCCGCACAGAGAGCCAUGCGUCACGCGGAGAAGGAGAAGCUCUGCGUGGAGGCCGCACUUGCCGCCGCCGAAAGAGCCAUCGAGGCAAAGGACGCGGCAAUGCUCAGCGAGACUCGAGCGCUGGGGGAGCGCGAGGCCCGCGCGGCUGCGGCAGAGGAGCGCGCCGCUGCUGCCCAUGCAGAGCUCGCAAAGGCGCAAGAGGCGCGUGCAGCCGAGCGGCGCGAGCAUGCUGAGAUGCUUGCUGCUCUGCAGCAAAGGGUCGCGAGCGCGGAAACGACGGCGGCAAACAGCCGGGUCGCCAGCUCCGAGGCGCAGGCAGCUGCCCUCGAGAGGCAGGCCUCAACACACACAGAGGCCCUCGAGGCGCUUGCUGCGGAGCGGCGUCGGAUGGAGGCGCGCGUGGCUCGUGCCGAGAUCGAGCGCGACGAGGCCCUCGAUGCGGCACAGCGGGCGCGGGACCAAGCCGAGGCGAGGCGAGCGCAGGCUGAGGAGGAGACGAGAGAGCGCGAGCGGCGAGCGGCGUCCGUGCCUCAGGCACGCGCCAACGCCCUUUCCAAACGGCUAGAGGACGAGGCGGCGGCACAGGCGACCGAUCUGGAACGGAUGCGUGUAAAACUCAGCCAGUCGGAGGAGACGGCCGCGGCGGCGAUGGCCGAGGCGGAGGGGCGACGCGUGGAGCUUGCAAGAGCCCAGGCCCGUGCAGAGGCGGAGGCUGCGGCGCGCAAGGCGGUCGAAGCUGACGCGGAGCGCGCACGGGCCGUGGCGGAGAAGGAGAUGUCGGCCACGCGCGACGCACUCUCCGAGACACGCGCCGAUCGGCAGAGCUUGUCGCAAGAGCUGCUUGAGGCGCGGCAAGCCCUCGUGGCAUCGCAGGCGCGCUUCGACGCUUCAUUGCAAGGCCUCUCGGCGCGCGUGCAGACCGUCUUUUUCGAGGCGGCCUCCGGCACAUGCGCGAAGCUGGCUGGGCCUGCUGGACGGCGGGCGCAUCGUGCGCCACCAGCGCCGCCGACGCUGACGCCGCAGCCUUUCCCGUCGAUCGGCCCCAGCGGCGGGACGGUUGGUGCCGCGGAAGGCGCCCAGAGAUGGCGCACCGUCGGCGACGCAGCUGGAGGGAUAGGCAGCGCGUCGAGCCCUUCCGGCACUGCCAAGCAAGAGGAGCGAGCAGGAACGGCAGCGUACUGA